CGUAAACCAGAACCUGAGGGUAUUUCGACAUGGCGUCUCUUACUCAAAAACGACAGAUAGACUCUCUGAAUGCUUUUAUUCACCAGCGCUUGACAAACAUCGCAGGAGAAAUAUGUCAGAUUUUCCAGGAGACUCUGGCCGCGUACCAGGAGGAAAUAAACCAGUCGAAACAGGAAAACGAUUACCUGAGGAAAAUGCUGAGUGAAAUCACAGUCGACAGAACGGACAGGCUAGAUUCCAGCCAAUCCGAUGGAUUACCUCCAGUGAAGGAAAACUCCAGCCAAGCACCGAUGGACUCCGAGACGUCAGUAAUACAAGUGAAACUGGAGCUUAGUACCACACAGCAGGAUCUUGAACUACCAAAACAAUCAUGUCCCAGUCUUGCUUCCAGUCCUGAACGUUCUGACGGAGCGGAAGAAUCGCAUCAUGAUAUCUCAGAUGACCAGCAAUGUCACACUGAUCCUGUUAAGCAGCCGAACAUCAACCAGGAGCCAAAACACUGCGAUCCCCCACAAAUCCAAGUGAAGCUCGAACCUUUGACUUUUGAUGAGAAAGAGCAAUUGAACAAUACUUUGUCUUUCAGUUCCUCCCCUGUAAGGUCCGCAUGUCGACAGGUGCAACCUCACUCCUUCUCUGUUAAAACACUAAAUGUCAUAACCAAAAAAAGUCACUGUUCCACCACAGCCUCGACCAUGGCGGUCUCGAGCAAACCAGAAAUGUGGAACCGUACAGGAUCCUCCUCCGAUAUCCCACAUACACCUGGGGAAAGUGAAACCCGGUUCGAGCCUUCUAUAAAAGACGAGUCCGUUUCCCAGCACGCUCCUCAGCACGAGAAACCGCCAAGCGACCUAUCUCGUAUGAAAAGGCUCGGCCGGCCGCUUUACUGCGACGUGUGCAGGAAGACUUUCCAAAACGAAUGGCAUUUGAAAAGGCACAUGUUGAAACACCAGAACAAGAGGCCGAACUGCUGCGAGCUGUGCGGGAAGUGCUACAGUACGCCACACGUGCUGAAAAUCCACCUGCGGACUCAUACGGGAGAGAGACCGUACCACUGCAAGUUCUGUGAAAAGACGUUUAGUCAGAUUGGUCACAUGAAAGGGCACGAAAGGAUACACACUGGAGAAAAAAUUUACAGCUGCUCAGCGUGCGGGAAACGUUUCACUUGGCUGGGUCAAGCCAAAGACCAUAUCCGGAGCCAUCCGGGUCAGCUGGCGCGAGUGCAGCGAAAAAUCAGUCGGUCAUAAACGUAUAGGAUACGUAGUGCUUGGGACUUUUUUUUCCAACUUCAUUUAACUUUGAAUGGAAACAAGGAAGAUUAUGAGAGAGAGAAAGACACCGGCUUAAAAAUCCCGUCGCUAAGGAAGAAAAUUCCUCUAUACACAAUAUGGUGUACUGUUAUAAGAAAAGUUUAUUCCUCUUUUUACCACAGCAGUUAUACUUCGUUAUAAUUUAUACAUUAACAUGUCUGACAUAUUGUUAGUUCCUGUAGUGAUAAUUUACACUACAGCUGAUGUUGCAGAUGUUCCCUAACCCAGUUCGAAAAAACAGAAAGACUAAAGUGGUUUAUUUAAAAAAAUU